CUGUCUAGUCGGUGUACCAUCUCUCCUCCCCCUCCCCUCUUCCUCAUACCUCCCUCUCUCCUUCCCAGCCUCCGUCGUCCGACCCUGGUGGUUAGGCCAGAAUGUGGCUCUACCGUGGUGCCCAGUCCGCCGUUUUCUACUAUGCCACCUGCACGCCCUGUGCCGGCUCCCUAGACCGCCACAAGCGCAAGAAGGAAGCCGCCCGGUCGAAACGUGAAAAGGCCAAGAUCGAGGCCGUCGUCACCGACCAGCCAAAACCGUUACCGCAGCCGACUGCGUUCAGCACCAAUCCAGGAUGGGCGGAGGAGAUUGCUCUAGGCCCGGGUCCGCCGACAAGAAGAGGUGGCCAUCGGACCGCACACCGUCGGACGGACUCAUGGAACACUGGCAUUUCGGCAGAGUCCGUGCGGGAUGCGAAUCGCGCAGAGGGUUCGUCGCAUAGGAAGGAUAAACUGAAGCAUCCGUUGGGCGAUCGGUGGAACCGUAUGCGGUAUCAGCGCGAGGACGAGCCGCUAUGGGGCCAGGAUGCGGAGGUCAAGGGCUCUUCGGUUGGACUCUCGGGGAGCGGCAAAGCAGAUGCUAGCUCCUCGAGCAAAUACUAUAUCGCUCGCGUGCCCCCGGUUAACGAUCUUCACCCCCCGAUUGUGAGUGGGCCCAAGAGUCGGGCUGAGACCCGGUGGAUGUUACAGCCCCCACCCAGCGCGCGGGUGAUGGCCGGCAAGGAUCGUGUUGGGGAUGCUGCCCACAACGACGACAACGAAUACAGCGGUCAGCGUGCAGACGGUGAGCACACCGACAAGACGCCCGUCCAGCCCAGCCAGCUGCUGCUGCCGCGGCUAGACACCCAGACUUCCGAAAAGACCGUCAGACCGUCUCCACCGCGAAUGGCCCCCGAUGGUUGGUUCGAUCCGAGAUCCGCAGGCUCGGAAACUAACGACCAGCGUCCUCAUUCGCCCACGACCCCCCGGUUCAUGUACGGAUGUGAUGAGUCCAACUUCGUAAUAUCCCCCUCUUUCCGCUCGCGCUCCGACUCCUGUUCCACCCUGUCGUCCCCCGGGGAUUCCGAGGGCGAGUCCCCCCGCGUCUCCUUCCACUCGCCAGGGACCCCGACCUCCCGGCCUGUCUCCAAAGCAACACAAGAUAGCGGUAAACACUUCCCUCCAACAAUUUCUCAAACCCUAUCUACGUUGCCACGUGACAACAACAAGGUGCAACUGUUGCAUUUGGAAAUCAAUGACUCGCCUGACGAUAUCGGACUAGGUCAGCUUGAGCGUCUCCGGCCCUGGCGCUGGAGUAUGGAUAUAUGACCGUGACAGCCGUCCGUCCUUUUUUGCCGCAUCCCCCUUUUUGUGCCUUGUUUAUCAUGGAAGCCUGCAUUUGAUUUUGCUCCUUGGGUAGGAGAAUACCCCCUCUACUGUUGGAAUUUAGUUGGCUUGUUUUGUG